CAUUGCUUUUGCACCACUAGCUGCUGAUGUUGGAACAACACUAACAAUCAUUUUCUUGACAUAAAAAUUAAAAUUAAUUUUUGUUCUAGAAAACGCAAUAAGGAAGCCAGAGGAAACGUGUGCAAGCCAAUAACAUGAAUGUCGACAUCUCUGAUAUUAUAGAAUUUGUGGUACCAUCUAGAACUGAAUAUGCAGAUGAGGAUAAAGAUCAAGGCGGAGCAGGAGGCGGAUCUGCGAUGGGAAUCGAAGGUGCAAUGAUUGAAGCCGGCAACAGAGAUGUUGAUAAUGCGGAAGAUGACGAUGUUGGUACCACAUAUGUAGUAUUGGAUACCCUAGGCCAAGACUACGGAGGUGAGGAGUUUCUCAUCGUCAACGAGGGUGGCCACGACACGGAACUCAUGAUGGACGAACUGGAAAAUUGUCGUCAAUUGAUGACCAUUAAAUAUGAAGAUGAUGCGGUAGUAAACGAGAUUGAAGGAUUCGAUGAGGAGACAAUAGGAAUUGACACAGAGACGGCACCGACGGUGGAAGAGGAGAGGUUUUAUCUGAAUGACCAGCAAUUUGAGGACAUGGACAAUUUGGUAGAAGAGGAAGAAUCCCAAGAUGAUCUAGAUGAAUUGGAUCAAGAUGACUUUCAAAUGACAUCAGAUAUCAUUAAAGAGGAGACUGAAGUGUUGGAAGAACAAAUCGAGACGACACAAACAACGCAAUCAAAGCCAAGCGAUAAAAUAAUGGAUGAGUUCAAAGGACCAAGAAGGUAUUUGCUAUUUGAUGACCUUAUUGCCACCAUUGUGGAGUUCGAUGAGGAUAACACGCCCAUAGUUGAAUUCUCAAUGAUAACCAGUCCGCUCGACGAGAAACUUCUAGUUGAAUGUGGAAUUUGUCCCGAUGUAAUGCAUAAGUCCAAGCUGUCAAAGCAUCAGAAAACUCAUUUAGUGCCUGGAACGAAUCGAUAUGCCUGUAUCUACUGUACAGAGACCUAUCGUGAUUGUAAAUAUUUGGCCGGACAUGCCCGACGUCAUAUGGGCAUUAGGCCGUAUGUGUGUGAACUGUGCAAAUUGUAUUUUUCUACCAAGCAGGAUUUGCGGGUCCAUAACCAGCGUCGACACCUUCGAAAAGAUCAUAUUUGUGAAUUGUGCGCCAAGUCCUUUGCCCAGCACACGCAAUUAAAACGUCAUCGAGAGGCAACGCACGAGAAGAAACGUCGCUUCCAAUGUACAUAUUGCAAUAAGGCAUAUUUUAAAAACUUUUCGCUUCAGGAGCACAUUCGCAAUGUUCAUAUGGGUAAGCGGAGGAUGUUGAAAUGCCCGUUUUGUGGCAUGCAAUGCCGGGAUGCCCAUAAAAUGGCAAGGCAUCGCAAGGAGAUGCAUUUGAAUCAGGAUUCAUAUGUCUGCCAUCUGUGCCAGGAGGAAUUCACCGAUAUUAACUAUUUCGAUGCCCAUAAGAGAUCUAUACAAUGUCGCAGUAAUACGAGAAGAUUGACAAAUGAUCAGACAAAUGUGCAAAAUGAAAUGAGUGACAUCAAUGUACCAGAGAAUGAGGAGGAAUUUGAUGAAGAUGCGGGCCUAUUGGUAGUUGAAGAAGUAACGGAGGGGGACAUAGAGCAGCAGGAUUAUGGAUUAAAUCAAUCCCAAUACGCCCUACUAGUUGAGGCUGAUGGCGAGAUGGUGGGAGAGGACGGACAAGUGGCUCAGAAUUUGCAUAUGAUUGAUGAGGGACAAUAUUUUGCGGCCAUAGAGCAGCAACAGCAGCACCACCAUCAGCAGCAGCAGCAGCACCUCCACCACCACAACAACAUGCAGAUUCAACACGCUGCUUCCGGUCAGAACUUUGCCGAUGAUGAUUUAAUUUAUGAAAUCACCUUAGAGACUGAGGAUAACUGAGCGCAAAGGCAGUCGGUCCGAAAGCACAUUAUUUUGUAUAUAUAGAAAAAUGUUGAAGAUGCAGAUACUAAUUAAACAGGACGACAGAACUCGGUCCCAGGGACCAGAGUACACUUUUCUGAUGGAUUAUGAUGCGCUGAGUCCGCAUCAUACAAAUAUGUUGAAUUUGUUCUAUCAGAAAAGUGUUUUCUGGGUCUGAGCUUAUUGUGGUCGACCUUUAUUAUUUUAUAUGUGAAUUACCCAUCGAUUUUUAAUUUGAAAUAAAUUUCGUUGGGUUCUUAAAUGCAAAUCUAGGCCUGAAUAACAAUAUGUAAUAUUAAUAAAUAUAUAAAUUUUUCUCAAA